AUGUCCUCCCUCACCCUCACACAUCUGCUACUAGUGCUUCUGCUCGGAGUGGUGCUUCUCACCACUCCUUCCUUGGCUGGCUAUCCCAAGCCUCCCCCUACAUACGAGAAGCCACCCACUCCAGUGUACAAAGCUCCCAAGGUUGAGAAGCCACCGGCAGAACACAAGCCUCCUACACAUGUUUAUAAGCCUCCUCCCGUGGAGAAGCCACCAACCCCAGUUUACAAACCUCAACCCAAGGGUAAGGGUGAAAAGCCACCACCGGAGCACAAGCCACCAGCGGCAGGAUACAAGCCUCCGGCCCAUGUCUCCAAGCCACCUCCCGUAGAGAAACCCCCACCGGAACACAAACCACCAACUCCUGUUUACAAGCCUCCAAAAGUAGAGAAACCACCUCCAGAGCACAAGCCACCUUCCUAUGGUCACCCUCCCGUCGAGAAGCCGCCUAGUCCUCAUUACAAGCCUCCAUCCCCUAUCCACCCCAACUGA